UCUCGAUCAGUUAAACAGGCCGAUCAGCCUCACAGCUGCUACAAGUCACGAGCUCGACGCAGCCGUGCGGUCAAACGACUACAUUGCCGACUCGCCACGUGUAGGCCCACAGUCUCCCACUUCAUCUGUGUCCUCAUGGUAUAGUCCCAAGCAUCACCGGCCACCGGCAUCACUGUAGUCUCUCCACUACGCACCGCGAUCACGGAUCAUUGACUGAGACACAUGGGUCCUUCGUUCAACAUUUCCAGGCGCGAACACUCUGUGUGCGCUUCAUCUUGUCGGUGCUCACAGAUACAAAGUGCUCUCUCUCAUCCCAUUCCGCGAUCAUCGUUGCACCAGAUAAAGACGCUAACACUCGCUCUCUCUUCGCUCGCGCUCGCUACCAUGCCAAGAGCAAGCAGCGGCGCACUUCAUAUACCCCGCCAUCACCAGCUGAACUCCCCACUCACACAUACUCACCAUGCUCCCCUCCUCGAGCAACCCCGUUCCGUGGCGACCCGUGUGCGGCCUCCUCGGCCUCUUCUUCACCCUGGGCCUCAAGGGCGUAUUCCAGCCCCUCAAAGGCGCCCAGAUCUUUGGUCUCACGCAAGCCACCGACGCCCAAGCGGCGUUCUAUCCCGUCGUCUCGGCGCGCAACGUCUCCCUCGGCCUCUGCAUACUCGCAUUCACGCUCACGGGGCAGCGGCGCGCGCUCGGCACCCUCCUCCUCUGCUUCACGGCCAUGUGUGGUGUCGACCUCGCGUUCGUCCUCCGCAUCCACAAUGUCCAGCGCGGGAAGAUCGCGAUGCACGCGGUCAAGCUGGUUCUGUUCCCAGUCAUGGCUGCUAAGAUGCUCGAGUGGAUUUGACCGUGCUGCUCUGCCCACCUCGCGCUGGCUCCGGCAACCCGAGUCACGGAACGCUUGACCCGGGCUCAUCAUUGCCCCGUGCUCUCUCGCUACUGUUGUUGGCUUUUCGCCUCCGUUGCUCCCUCCAGCGUGUGUGUAUCAUCGUGUAAACAGUGUGUGAAUGUACCUCUCGUCUAUGAAUUGGCGGCUGUGCAAGCACCGCGUAUGACAUCC